GGCCUCGACCCGGUACUGGCCUUAGUAAUGAUUGGUGUCGUCCAUAGCAACCAGCGAACCUCCCCCAUGUCGCCCUCCAAUGGAUGCUGCCUCCCUUCUCCCUCCGGCGACACCAUUCAGAAUUAUCCAAGCAGGCAAUUAAUUCUGAAGCCACUGUUGACAGUCCCAUCUUUAAUGGAGGCUCUCUCGCGCAUCCUGCAUCGCGUAACGAGAUAACUCGCCCCCGCAGCUCUUCCGCCACUCCAUCUCUCAUCACCCAUUAUCACCACCACCACUACCACCACCACCUUCGCCGUCACCGUCAUCGCAUCAUUCCGCCGUAACUGCUACCAUUGCCGUCCCCAGCUUUUCUCCCUCCACAUCCAUCGAAAUUCAUUUCCACACACGAUCAUCUCGAGUCGGUCUCCCGGAACACCGCCCCCCGCCUUUCAAAUGGCGUCGCCAAGCAAAAAGAAGACCGAGAUCACGGAGAAGGAGUCUCAGGUGCUCGCCCUCGCCUGGAAGUGCUUUAAGACCAACCCCGAGGUUGAUCUGAACAAGCUCGCCAAGUUAGCCGGCUAUACCAAUCCCCGAAGCGUGGCCAACGUGUUGUCUGCUGUUAGGAAGAAGAUCGCGGCGUCGAUCUCCGAGGACGCCGAGGGCGACUCCGACUCGGUGCCGGUCACGCCUGUCAAGCGGGGACCCAGGGCCAAGGGCACCCCAGCCUCGAGCUCCCGUAAGCGCAAGGAGCCUGCCGACAGCGCCGGCAACGGUGGUGAUGAGUCUCCAUCAAAGCGCGCUCGGGGUAGCAAGGAGGCCGCUCCCGCUGCCGUAGCCGCUGCUGCUGCUCCUCCCGUCGUCAAGGACGAGCCUGAUGAUGCCCAGCACGUAAACGUCAAGCUGGAGGAAGACGCACCGUAUGGUCACAGCGAUGGAGACGACGAUGCUGUUGUCGAUUAACGGGUGGGCCGGGAGGCGCGUGGGCGAGGAAAAGGCAGGCUUCCGACGCACCUGGGUUAGGUAAUCUUCGCUAGACGGAUACUUUUAAAAUCCGAUGCUCGUUGAUGCGGAGAAAUUGCCUGGAUGGGGUGUCGCCACACUGCAUUUUGACAUGUGUCGGUUCGACCGGGGAUCAUUCGCAAUAGUUUUGUUUUCUCACGCUGGUCUCGAAUACAUCAAGCUCUCCUUCCUUCUCCUCUCAACUGCCCCGUGAUAAGCCGGGGUUUUCCAUGCCUUCCCCCCCUCCCUCAUCUGAGCGACCGACGUCCGCGUGCGAUGUGGUCGUGGGCUCGAAAUGUAUGGUGGGGACGUAUUAAGGAAGAGCUACUUUUGAACGGGCGCCAGAACGCCUGAGGGCUUCCUAUAGUCAGGGGCAGAGGUUUCUACUAGAUUCACAGACCAAUCAAAUCGACCCCGUCCGCCGUCCUCCUACAA